GCGGAGGGCACCAUGUCGGCGCCGACGGCCAAAGCCAGUAAAAAGGAGCUCAACUCCAACCACGACGGGGCCGACGAGACCUCAGAAAAAGAACAGCAAGAAGCAAUUGAACACAUUGACGAAGUACAAAAUGAAAUAGACAGACUUAAUGAACAAGCAAGUGAGGAAAUACUAAAAGUAGAACAAAAAUAUAACAAACUCCGCCAACCGUUUUUUCAGAAGAGGUCAGAAUUGAUUGCUAAAAUCCCAAAUUUUUGGGUAACCACAUUUGUCAACCAUCCACAAGUGUCUGCACUGCUUGGGGAGGAAGACGAAGAGGCUCUGCAUUAUUUAACCAGAGUUGAAGUAACAGAAUUCGAAGACAUUAAAUCAGGUUACAGAGUAGAUUUUUAUUUUGAUGAAAAUCCCUACUUUGAAAAUAAAGUUCUCUCCAGAGAAUUUCAUCUGAAUGAGAGUGGUGACCCAUCCUCAAAGUCCACUGAAAUCAAAUGGAAAUCUGGAAAGGAUUUGACAAAACGCUCGAGUCAAACACAGAAUAAGGCCAGCAGGAAGAGACAACACGAAGAGCCAGAGAGCUUCUUUACCUGGUUUACUGACCACUCUGAUGCAGGUGCAGAUGAGUUAGGAGAGGUCAUCAAAGACGACAUUUGGCCAAACCCCUUGCAGUACUAUUUGGUUCCUGAUAUGGACGAUGAAGAGGGAGAGGCAGAAGAUGAUGACGAUGCUGAUGAAGAAGAAAAAGGCUUGGAAGAUAUUGAUGAAGAAGGAGAUGAAGGGGAAGAAGAUGAAGAUGAAGAUGAUGAUGAAGGGGAAGAAGGAGAUGAAGGGGAAGAAGAUGAAGAUGAAGAUGAUGAUGAAGGGGAAGAAGGAGAGGAGGAUGAAGGCGAGGAUGACUAGCACAGAAGACUGAUGGAUUCUGACUCUCUUUUUUAUUUUCUUUUUAUUUUUUAAAUUUCUCCAGUCCCUGGGAGCAAGUUGCAGUCAUUUCCCUCCCGUCCCCAAUCCCUCUUGUGCUCAGUCGCCCUGUUUCUGAGGUCUUGCU